AUGUCGAAGGAAUGCGCUCAAAAUAUCAACGCUGGAGUAUUCGCUAUGGGACGUGACAAUAUCACGCAAGCGAUUGAAUUCUUUGAUAAGGCCGUAGCAUUGGAUCCUAGCAAUUUGUUAUCCUAUAUUCACAGAGCCGACUGCUAUAUGAAAAUUAACCCACCAGCAAUUGACUUGGCAUUGGGUGAAGCAGACACCGUUGUCACGAUGAAGCCAAGUGACUCUACAGGUUACAUCAUCGCAUGGAAUGCUCUUUCCAAGUUGAAGCACUACGAGACUGCAUUCAAACUCAUUCGCAUUGGAAAGGCCAAAGUAGUGAUGACUGAUCCGCAAAGAGAAUAUAUUGACGAGAUCUAUGACCUGUUGGUCAAAAAGUUGCCUGAAUCCGUCACAAAAGGAGCUCAACCAAGGAAGCCAAAACCUUCAGUUGAACCAACAGCCAAACCCGCAGCACCCGCUAUAGUCACCAACGCUGAAAUGUUUGGAGACAGGAACUUGCCAAACGAAUUGGUCCACAAUAUAUUUGCAUAUCUACCGUUCAGACAGCUCGGGAAAGUAGUACGCGUCUGCAAAGUAUGGGCUACCUUCAUCCAUAGGGACACUAUGCUUUGGACCAAAAUCGACUUGACUGGACCGAAAGUAAAUAAUAAUGUCAUCGAUACUGUCUCCAAACGAGCUCGCAGCCAGCUACGAUCCUUAGCCCUCGAACGAUCAAAGGUUAAUAAUACUGGCAUGAAAAAGAUAAUAACCGCUCGCCCAUCACAACUCUCUACAAUUGUAUUUACUGCCAACACUCACAUAACUGAUGUGACUGUGAUUGAUAUAUGCAAGGUCUUUGGGAAGACUCUCACCAAGCUCACGGUGUCUUCCCAGAAUAUAAAUGAUCAGUGUUCGGAGGCCAUCUUCACCAAGUGUACAGCACUAGCAUUCUUGGACAUAUCAGAUAACCCUAAACUGACGGACGCAGGUCUCGCUGCAUGGCCAGCAACCUCACCACUACGAGUAUUAAAGGUAAACAGCUGCUAUGGUCUCGCCUUCCACGCUUGGGCUGCUCCUGCAUAUCCAGCAUUGAAGGAGCUGGAUGUAUCACAAACAUCCUUCAAUCUACGAUCUUUGCAAAAGCUUACCGUAUUUCCAGAGCUCAAGACGAUUGACCUGUCUGGAACCGAUCUUCGCCCUCUGCAAGGUGGUCUCAUAACGUUAGGACGAACUAUAAAGGACCUGACCAACACAUCUCUACGAAACUUGACUCAUUUUGCCAUCCAGUAUGACCCAUUAUUCGACGACGAAGCACUAAAGUAUAUUGCUGAGGCUAAUACAAAGCUCAAAUAUGUGAAAAUACUCUCGGCUUCAUCAAUCUCAGACGCUGGAGUCAGAUCAUUAUCCAACUGCCAAGAACUUGAAUCCCUCGCAUUGCCAAACUGUGCACGAGUUACAGAUAGUAGUGUCGUAGAUAUAGUAUGUAGCUGCCAAAACCUUCAGAGUCUGGACAUCGGGGGUAACUCCAGCAUCACCGACAAAACCCUAGAUGCUAUAGUCGAACACGGCAACACUCUAACUACUCUGGUAGUGAGCAGCUGUAUUGGAUUGACUGGAUUUGGUAUCUUGAAGCUACACAAGAAGGCUGGCAAUCCCAUUAAAAACUUGAAUCUCAUGUUUCUCCCUACAGUGUCAAAUGAUACUAUCAGGUCAUUCCAAGCUAAGAACGUGAACGUGCAAGGGAACUUGUCAUACUCAAAAUUCAAAGUGAAAGGUUUCAAGUAA